AUGUCUCACUUUUUCGACUUGAAGAAGGCCUUUGACUCAGUUGCGACAGGAGCGCUCAUAAGCGGUCAUGGAGGCCUUGGACAACCAGAGUGUCCCUAUUCAGUUCAUAAAGAGAGAGAGGAGCGACAUGAUGAUGCAGCCUCACCCAAGAUACUCACGGUCACCCUCGAGGACGCAAUGCGAAAUGCGAAAGCUGGAAUGGGACGACAUGAGAGUGAAGCACAUCUAGCACCAGACAAGCGGAACGAGUUUGACGAAACAUGGUGA